CCGGGGGGGACAAGCCAGUGUGACCCGGAGACUGAGGCGUGGACGACGACGGUGGUGGUGUGUGUGUCUCUCUCUCUCUCCCUGUCAACUAUCUACCAGUUUCUCUCACCUCCUUCCAUCUCCUCCCCUAGAAUCCCGGAUCUUACAAGGAUCACCGGCCGUGGAAUCCUUCAAGGACAUUAAAUACAGCCUGUGCGUUCGUGUGGGUGACGGAGACAAGCGAGAGACGAACUGCGCCCUCUCCCUCCAUCUUCCUCUUCGGCAGUAAGCACUAAAAGCUGCGUGGAGCCCUGACCCGGGGAGAUGGGUAACCACAGAACACUCGGGACCAGAGAAUGGGCGUGGGUGUGUGUGGGCGUGUUUCUCUUCCUCCUAGCCACCGCAGCUGCUCAACUCGAUAACGAAAAUUCUAUAUUAGGUGUGUAUAUGGAGUCAGGUAUGGUCCAGGGGCGUCGCAUCCCUACACAGGAGCUCGUCGAACAGGUGGUGACGGAGAGCUCGGGCGCCAUGACGCAGGGGUCGCUGACGGUGCAGUUCCUCACCUCCAUGAACGACUCUAUGCCUGAAGAGAUGACGGGGGUGAUGACGCUCGCCUCCUGCUCCAACACUCACAUGUGGGCCCCUGGGCUGGCGGAGAUGGGCAAGAUGCAUAUAGCUCUUACUGAGUCCGGCUGCAGGAUCAGGCACUCGACAGCCAUCACAGUGCCCCUGACAAGUGGGUCGCGGGAUCUGGUGCAGGUGUUCAGGGCACGGGAUAAGGAGACCCUCACCUGGACCGAUAUAACUGUUAUACCUGAUUUAGCGAUAGAUAAACUAGACGUCAACGCCAUCGUCAGUAUCUUGGCUGAGGGCACCGCCAAGUCCCCGGACACCGCCUAUAGCGUGGUGGAUCUCGCCUCCGUCGACGCCUCCUCCAUGAAACUGGGGAAGAUGUUUGCCUCGUUGGGUCCUCAGCCAGGUCAACCCAAGAAUAAGCAGUACCUCGCCAUCACCUAGGACGAGGUCACUACUAUCCAGGAUAUGGCUCGUUCUAUGAAUCUAUUCGGAUCUAAGAAUCAGUGGCUCUUCGUGGUACCCAACACCCACUCCCUCAGGUACGAUAUGAACUCUUACAUGGCCAACAUGAUAGACGGUGACAACAUGGCCUUCGUCUACAACAUGUCCGAACUCAGCUCAGCCACCUCCUGUGACUGCCUUCUUGAGCUCUCCAACGCCCUCAGUAAGAUGGAACUAUACGACCAGGUGUCGGAGGAGGAGUGGGAGGAGGUAAAGCCUUCGUCAGCCUCCCGCGCCUCCACCAUCGUCCAAAUGAUCAAGGCGCUGCAGCAGGAAGACCAGACGUGUUCGAAGUGUACCUUUGGGAUACAGUCCGUGGAGGUUAAGGACGCAGAUAGGUUUGAACUGUUGGACGUGGCUGAUUGGCGACCUCUGACGGGCCUCACGAUACACGACGACCUCUUCCCUCAUGUCACUGGAGGUUUCAGAGGCCGCACCAUCGCUGUCACUUCUGUAGACUACCCACCGUGGCAGAUAUUCCUGAAGGACUCGUCAGGAGCUGUGGUAGGAUACGAAGGACUCAUGUUUGAGGUACUCAACGAACUGGCCUCCAAGCUCAACUUCUCGUACGUGGUAAGGACGCCGGCGGGAGGUGGGGUGAUGGAUAAGAACGGUAACUGGAACGGCAUGGUGAAGAUGAUACAAGAUAGGGAGGUCCUGCUGGGGGUGGCGGCGUUCACGGUGUCGGACAAGAGGAUGAUGGUUGUUAACUUCACCACCACCAUCGACCGUCAACCUUACACCUUCUUGAUCGCUCGCCCACAGGAGCUCUCCAGGGUUGUGCUAUUCAUGGAACCUUUCGCCAACGAUACCUGGAUCCUCAUCGCCAUCACAGUCCUCAUCAUGGGUCCUAUCCUGUUCCUCAUCAACCGUAACUCCUAUUACGACCUCUAUGAUGGCAAGGGACUCUUCAAACUCCAGAACUGUUCCUGGUAUGUCUUCGGCGCCAUCCUCCAGCAGGGAGGCACCAAGCUCCCUCUCAGCAACUCAGGAAGACUCGUGGUGGGUUUCUGGUGGAUCUUCGUCCUGAUUGUGGUGACGACAUACUCCGGGAACCUAGUGGCUUUCCUAACCUUCCCCAAGAUCGAGAACGCCGUCAGUAGUCUCGAUGACCUACUGAAGGCGCGGGAUUCCAUGACCUGGGGUUAUGUUGGAGGCACCAUCCUCGAAAACUACUUCGAGGAGGCGGCGCAGAAGUUCGGUGAGAUCGGGAAAUACGCCGAGAAACACGACGGCAAGAAGCGACCAGACUUAUACGAUCGUGUCCGUAGUACCGACCACGCCUUCCUUGAGUGGAAGACCAACCUCUUGUUUACGAUGAGAGAUGAGUUCCGGGCUACCAACACCUGUGAUUUCUCUCUAGGUCGGGAAGAAUUCUACCACGAGAACGUAGCGCUGGCAGUACCCCAAGACAGCCCUUACGUCGACAAGUUUAACGUAGAGCUUAAGAAGAUGCAGCUCGGUGGGUUGAUUCAGAAGUGGAAGCAGGACUAUUGGCCCAGGAAGAACAAAUGCUCCUCCACGGCCUAUGGCGGAGGAGACGCGACCAGGACCGUCUCCCUAUCUGAUAUGCAAGGCUCCUUCUUCCUCCUCUUCCUCGGGUUCGUGCUGGCCGCCGUCAUUAUCUUCGGGGAGUGGAUCUUGAGAGGGUGGCGGGACAAAAGCAAUCCAGGUUCGCGGUCAAGCACAGGGACACUGGUCAAGCCGUUCAUGGCUUAGAGACCUGGAGUUUCUGCAGAAUAUGGUGUCCUUUACGCCCCAGCCUGUUGAACGCCCGCGCCGCUCCCGCCCUUCUUUGGGUCUACCCGCCUUGGCACCCAUAGCACUACCCAACCGCCCUACUUCCAGGCACCCACACCAUCACCGCCUCUCACUCCCUAACAAUCCCGAGGUGUGGCACAUAAACACCUCCGCUUCCACCCUCACCCCACUACAGGUGCUCUCCCAUCCUUCACCCACCAUAUCACCCAUCGUCAUGCCCCCCAGUACCCCGCCGCCUUCACCCGUACAAGAGGACGAUUGAGCCUCCCCCACCAUGCACCUCCUCCUGCUGUUAGCUUGUAAUGUACUAAGAAUAAGCUGCUCACUCUCUUUGUGUCUAGAUUAUAAGCCAUAAAAGUAGCUGUGAUAUAUAACUUAUGAGGUCAGGUUAACUAGAAGUCUCUCUCAGGUGACUGCCUUCCACCACGCUACCAUGAGUGUCUUCUUGAGUGACCAUGAUGGAGGCUGGUCGCUGUCUGGCUGUCGCACCGAGUAACUUUGUCGACACUACUUUUUAAUUGGCUUUAAGUGUUUUGUUCAGCUAUUUGUCGCUGUUGAUCGAUGUUACGUGACACAAAUCUGGAAGUGAUGUGUUGUGAACCGGUGGUGGGCGAGCUGCCUGUCGUUGGCUCACAAGUUUGCAAUAUUUAUCAAAGCCGCGUUGGUGUUGCUGUUAGUCUGUCUGUAUCAUGUAAACGAAUUAUUAAAACUGAAUUCGACAAUCUGGGAAAUAUCUUCACCCAGGAAGUUAAAUAUACUUAUUAAAUAACUCUAAAAACAGUAAGUCCAGCAAGCUGUCAGUGUUCAAUCAACAUUUAUAUUUGAUUUUUAUUGGUUAAAAGUUGAUUUUGAGACGAAGAUACAGCGCCACAGCUCAGUGUGUGUGACCUGACCAUACUACACGUCCAGGAACUACCACUGACUGCAUGGUACCCACGAGGACCUUCACUACUGUCCCUCCCAGCAUGAUCUGUGACUUCCUGGCUGUGUCUGAACAAUCUCUGACCACACGACCGUAAUCGAUCUGGUUCUGGCGGUGACUUUACACUACCGAUGUUUGACCUUUACACGCAUGGCUGCCCUUGAGUGGCUCUCAGCCCUGGGGACAAGUGAGAAAAAAAUCAAUUGCUUGCUCAGGUGACUGUGCAUGUAUAUGAACUGUAGUGACUCAUAUUUAAUUUAAUUCAUAGUGAAGGUUUUAGUCUAUAGAGAGAGUUAAAGACGAUGGUGUUUACUAAAUAAGGUAACAUUAACUUUUGCAUUAUAAUGAUAUUCACAGAACAUUCUUAACCAUUGUAGCGACACCUGUUAGCCAUUAAUAACAAUUGUGAUCAUACCUCAGAAAACAGAAGCACGUUGUGAAUAGCUUUAGUUAUCACCGCCUGUACUGCCUGGACUCACGCUAACCUAACCUAACCUAACCUAACUUGUUCUCCCCACAGACAGAGGGACGCACAGUCACUGACAAUUGUGCUAGGUGGCAGGAGGCCGCCAUCACCACCGUAGAGUCGCACACACACACACACACACCCUCCCUACCUCUCCUCCCUCACCUAGGUUCCCUCACCUGUACCCCUAACGCUGUGCACCUGGCGUGGAGGUGUCCAGCUCUCACCCAGUACUGAGACGCUAUCUGUCGCCUCAGUCAUAGUAGAAAUACCAAAGAUGAACUAAUGAAGGAAAUAAGGUGAAGGUCGGGAGGGCUCAUCACCCCUUCAUCAUGACCACCAGCAGGAGUGACCACCCACCAACUCCUUCUGUGUGUCUUAGCCAAUAGAAACUCACCAUAUACCUGUGAGCGAGACAGACCACAAUAUUACCUGACCUACAAUGGCCCAUCAGUCAUCAGGAGUCAACAACAAACACUAAUAAGGUAACUAACUGUACCUUGUCGGCCAGGAUACAGCCACUGGGUACUUCAGCAGUAGGAGUCAUCAACAACAUGACACUCUGCUCCCACAGUUUUACACGUCACUGUUUAAUGUAUUAUAGGAAACUCUGUGUUAAGGAUUAAAUUUGUAAAAAAAAUAAUAUACUUAAAUAUUGGGACUAAAAAUGUGGAGUUUUAUGGAGAAUCUUUCCCUAUAAUCUCAACUAAGUGUGUAUGUGAGCAAUCAACCUGUGUUACCUAACCUAACCUUCACACCACAUUGACUGACUAAGUUUAUUUGGAAUCCAUUACAUAAAUAAUAACUAUGAAUACAAGUAAAUAUUUACCACGAAGAACAUAACAUCAACACCAAGAAUAACAUAAACCAAAAUCCCGUAUUACCCUCCUCAGCUUAUCAUCCACACUAGUCAGAUGUUAAAACCAGGUUUAUUUAGGUUUACAUGUUAUAAACCAAUUGGGAUUUAUUCCUCAAGAUAUCUCUCCUCUACAACUGGUUUUAUUCUUCGAGGUAAAACGCCUUUAUAAAUCGUCUCACAUCACUGCGCCAUAACAUCACUAUGAUAAUGAAAACGUAAACAAAACAUUAUUAUAUACCAGAUAAAUUUUUACACCUGGGUCAUAAAUACGAUCAAUAAUUACGUCAGUGUAAACAAUAAAUAGACUGUGUCCACCUGGUGAUUUUGUUUCAUCAUAUAAUCACCAAGGGUCUCUAAAUAUGGUCUCUCUCUCACUCUCUCUCUAAAUCUGUCUCCUUAUUUCUUCUCACUCAGCAGCCAGGUAUAUUUCUCAACCUCUCCCACUUUCCCUCACCUCUACCUACCCUCCAAAUCCUCGAGCCACAUCAAAAACACAAGAAAAAAUGCGAAUUACAUGUAAAUUUAACACCAAGAUAGCUCAUUUAUCCAUCUCACAUCAGCUCGACUCGUCUGGUCUCUGGUUUGAGGAUAAUGUGGCUUAGUAAAUGGUGAAAUCGCAAAAUAAUGAGAUUGGACAGUGAUUAGAACCAAAAUUCGCACAUAAACAAUAAUUCCCUUAAUGAUUGGGCCAAAUUCGUACAUAAUCAAUAAUUUCCCUAACCUCCAAUCACAGUCGAGGUAAUCCAAUCCAAAUCUUUAUACCAGUCCUCUCUUCUCUGUUGGUAGGGGCUAGACACUAACCAAUGUAAUGUUAUUCUACAGCAAUACACUCUAAGGUUAGUUGUAUUAGGAGAAAAUAUUUUAUUAUAUCAAUGCCUAAGUAAGACGUACAGUAAAGUCGAUGGUUGUAGUUGUGGUUAGUGAUAGUCUUGUCAUGCACUGCUUGUUGUUGUUGUUAUUAAUAUUAUUAUUUGUGUAAUUAUCUGCUUCUGUAUAGGAAAAAAUCAGCUUAGUUAUUUAGUUACGUGGAUAAUAAUAAUAAUAAUAAUAAUAAUAAUAACGAUAUUAAUAAUACCAAUAAUAAUAAAUAUAAUAAUAAUAAUAACAAUAAUAAUAAUAAUACCAAUAAUAAUAAUAACAAUAAUAAUAAUGAAAUUCAAUCCUGGCAAAUAAUAUGAAUAAUCACAUCUACAAAAAAUAUAUAUUGGUAUUAUACUAUACUAACCCUGGAAUAACCCGUAAAUAGAUAACGAACGACAGCGUAAACCAAUUCACUCCGUUGUUUUAAUAUUUCUAAGUCAUCUUUACUCGUGUGAUUAAUGCUCUUCUUUAUUAUCUUUAUUAAUAAUUUAUCAGCUAACCUGUACUUUUUGGGCGGUGUAUUUAGCGUUACUUAUUUUCUUGUAUUUUCAUUUUUUCUGUUUUAAUUUUGUCUCCUGUCUCUCUCUCUCUCUCUUUGUGUCUCGUUCCUUCUCUAUCUUUAUUGCUCUCUUCUUUCCUCUUCAUUCUUCUUUAUUCAGUAGGUAAUUUUCGCUUUAAAAGUCAAAAUUGUUCUUACCUAUGUUCCUCAAGUCGAAUAUAUUCCCUCUGAAGUCUAAUAAACCCUAUCUGAAGUCUUAUAGAUCCUAUCUGAAAUUUUAAUACAUUUUCUCGGGCCUAAUAUAUCCUUCCUGAAGUUUAAUAUUUCUCUGAUAUACUGAAAUCAACUACGCAAUUUACAACCUUGAAUAGUUCCUGAAAUCUGCCAUAAGUCUAAAAGUUUUGUAUUCUGAAUUGUUUUUCGGUACUCUCACACCAUUUCAGAUUCCCACUGUAAUAUUACUUGAAAUAUACUGAAAUUUAUCUCCCCAAGUCUAAAGUAUACUCCAAGCUUCAUAAGGCUUAUUGGAUUAUAUAAUAUAUCCCUCGAUCACUAAAAACGAUGGAAUAUGAAGCUAAUAUAUCCACCUUGGACUAAUAAUAUAGCCUAGUGCCAUAUUGGUUGACUUUUGGGAUACUUGUGUAUCUGUAGCUAAAUUCUCAAAGGUUCUUAGGAUAACUAUUUUUUCAUAAUUUAAAAUGAUUUAAUAAACUAAAUUUAUUAUUAAGCUAAAUUAUAAAAAAACAAUUAUAAUCACAGUCAGCAUCAAUUACGAAACAAACUAAACAAUAUCUCCAAAGAAAAAUAAUAAAGUGUUAAGUGUAAUUUUAUGUAAUCCUGAUAGAAACUAUGAUAAGUAAAGCUAAAGUAUAUUAUUUAAGGCUUAUAGUGUGUUAAAUGUAUAGUAUUUUUUUUACUUAAAUCACAUUAGGAACCAGAAGUCUUAUACACUACAAUAUUAUUAUUUUUGUAGGAGUCUCAUUGAGAUUGAUGUCGAAUAUACCGCAGAUGGCUUCACUUUUUGCCUAUACCAUGGUAGACUAUAAUAUUAUAGUCAUUAGUACCUAAAUAGAGCGUAAAUGUUAAAUAUAACGCUAUAUAAAGGACAAUGUACACAAUACUGAUAUAGCUCAAUACUAGAUGAAUGAUAUACAGGUAUAUAUAAUAAAAAGGUAGGUAGAUAAAUGUUAUAUAAUAAACUUUUAGGGUGUUUAUACCAAUCAUAGUUUUAAUGGGUUAUUUAAUACUUUAGUUACAGGAUACAGUCAGUUUGUAAUACUGUAACCUCACGUCUACCGUCAGCUGAGUUUCCUGUUUUUUUGUAGUAACUUCAGUUCUCUUUCGCCUUCAGCACAAACUACAGUAAAACGUAUGACGAUGUAUUUGUUUUGAUAUAUAUUCUUAUAUUUAUUUAUAUAUUAUAAUUCCUUUGGCUGUAUGUAUGAUACGAAUGAAAUAUACCAUUGUAAUUGAUAUAUAAAUAUUACCUUAGGAGUUUGUGUAGAGGAGUAGUGAACUAUAUAUGGGAACAUUAACGUAUCGUUCUACAGUAUAUUAACAUUAUUACAAUAUAUUUUUUUAUUUGCGUCAAAACCUGCGAUAUAGGGAUAAUAUUGUGGUGUUAAUAUUCACAUGUAGUGAUUAUUUGUGUUCAAUUACCAACGGGUGUUUUGAUAAGCGUUCGAGAUGUUGUUUUUUUAUGUAUGCUGAUGUUUGAUAUUACAAAGAUCUGGAGUACAAAAUACAGUUGAUAAAUAAAUACUGUACCCGGAAAUUUAUGUACCUCAAUUUAAAAUCAUGAGUAUAUAUUGUGUGUUGUGAAAUGAUCAGGUAAAUAUUUUUUUUGUUUAUUCUCAAACUCAGUGAAUAUAUUUACAUAAAUUUGGAAAAGUACAAAAUAUUUAUUUUGAAUCAAUGCCAUAAACUGCUCAAUUUUGUAAUUUCCUACAUGUCAUAAUCUUACAUAUAACCCCCUUAAAAUAUGAUAGAUUUUAUUUAGUUCGAUUAGGAGAUAUAUAUUCUUAGUUUAGUUAAUCUGUCAGAACUAGACUUCCCCGUACCACCAAAGAUUUUGUGUAUUAUUAAGGCAAUAGUCCACAAGGUCACAUUAUGGUAUUGUAAGGAAAAUUGCCGCAGUCUAAGUUAACUAUUGUCCUUAAACACAUUCUUGUCUUAAGUCAGUCACUAUUAGGAGAAUUUGAUGAGCGAUUUUGACAUUUUGUGGGACGAACGAAAUCUAUCACUAUCCUACACUAAACGAUACAGAGGCUGUGUUUUGGUGUGUGGGUCAUCACCAUGCAUCAGCUGCUCAUGACGCUCAGAACUUCAUCAUAUUUUAAAGUCACUAUGUUAUUUAUGUUUUAUUUGUUAUUUAUGUUUAUAUUUUAUGUUAUUUGUUUCCAUUACUUGUCGCUGGUGGUCUGUUCAACACCAGACAACACGCAGUAAGUGUUCAAAGUAGAUGGCCGAGUUAGUGUUAUCAUCAAUGUAAAUAUAUAUCCUCCCAUGAGCACUUUUUUGUAUAUAUAAACAAAGUAGACAAUAAAUAUACCUGUUUACCCACACCAAAA